AUGGGUUCUUAUCAACCACCAUUAGCAUUCAGCUUCUCCGGAGAAGUUGCCGUUGUUACUGGGGCCGGAUCUAGAUUGGAUGGUGAGAUUGGCAAUGGAAGAGCAACAGCCAUUCUACUGGCCAGACAAGGUGCCAAAGUGGCACUCCUCGACUUCAAUGAGGAUUGGGCAAAAGAGACACAGAGAAUGAUUACUGAGGAAGGAGGCGUAUCAGCAGUCAUUCGAACAGAUGUCACCGAUGAGGAAUCGUGCAAGAACGCCGUAACAAAAACUGUCGAAUUGUUCGGAACUAUCCACAUAUUGGUCAACAUUGUUGGUGUUGGUGGUGCGUUAGGAGACGCGACUAACUUGGACAUCGCAGCAUGGGAACGCGACCUCCGCAUCAAUGUGACGAGCAUGGUGCUCAUGAGUCGACACGUCAUUCCAGAGAUGCGGAAGAAUGGUCGUGGGGUCAUAGUGAACAUGUCCUCGGUAUCUGGGCUACUGGGCGGCAAUCCAAGCCUUUUAUACCCAACGAGCAAGGGAGCAAUUAUCCAGAUGACACGCGCAAUGGCCGCGCAGCACGGUCCGGAAAACAUAAGGGUGAACUGUGUGUGCCCAGGAAUGGUGUUCACGCCUAUGGUAAGGGGGCGAGGCAUGACCGAUGAUAUGCGGCAAGCACGAAUCAAUCAGAAUUUGAUGAAGAUUGAAGGUACAGGAUGGGACGUGGGAUAUGCAAUUUUGUUCCUGUGCUCAAAGGAAGCCCGCUGGAUCACAGGUCUGAUCAUGCCGGUUGAUGGGGGUACGACUGCUGGUAAAGCAGAUCGACCAGCCUUGAAAGCCGACUCGCUUGCCGAAGCCAACACAGGCAUUCCGAAUAAGGCCGCUAUAGCAGCAGAUUCUGCUAUUGGCAUUGAAAACAUCAAAGUGAAAUGUAUCGCAGUGACAAAUGGGUCAUAG